UUGAAGACGACAAGAGCGCUGUGAAGUGACAAGCAGAGGUGACAAGUCUGCUGACAGUUGAUAAAACCAUCCCAAAAUGGCAGGUGACGAGAAGUUAUUCUUCUCUAACACCGUUCAACAUUUGGCGAGAUCAUUAGCAGCAAUCAAGCCAACGCCAUGGGAAAAGAUAAACAGACUAUUCAAACUAUGUCCUCAAGAAUCAGCGCAAGGUGUUUACAGACUGGAUCAGCGAGGACAGGAGGCAGUCAUAGCACUCGGAAUCUAUUUUCUAGAAUCCAAUCUCCAACACAGAGACAAAAUUCUGCCAUAUUUAUCAAGGUUACUAAGAGGACUGCCAAAAGCAGUAUGGCUCACGGAAGUAAAAAGUACGCCUAGCGACAGGGUACCUAUCGCUGAACGCUUCAGCUUUUGUUUAAAUACACUACUCAGUGAUAUUGCCACAAAAUGUGAACCAGUCAGAGAAGAAGUUAUAGCAACUCAGGUUGAGAUUUUAGCAGUUCUCACAAAUUUAAUUAGAGGAUGUAAGGAUCAGGAAGGAAACCGGAGUAUGCAAGCUAAACUGUCACUAUGCAAAUGCCUGGUUCCUAUAUUAAUUGGACUUGCCCGCUCAAUGGGUCGUUUCUGUAGUUCGGAUCCACCAUUACUGGCUCGUAUUUUCCCACGACCAGAGCCUCCGAUUCUUCCAACACCAAGUUUCACAGACAAAUCUCCAGUCAACAAAAAAAAGAGCUUCAAUAAUUUCCGUUCCAUCAUUCCGAGAUCAUUAAGUGGAAAUCUAAAUCCACAUACAUUAGAAAUAUUGCAGCUAACAGACGUCGCAGAUUACGCAGCAACAAACAAGAGGCCAUCAUUACAAUCUUAUUCAUCAGUUCCAUAUGAUCCAACUACGUACUUUUUCAGCAGAUAUGGUUCAAGUUUCAACCAAUUUCCACAAAUGAGAUUCACAGAAAGCCCAGAAAAAAGAGCCACUCUACAAUUCAGCAUCGUUCACUUACAGAGUGUCCUAGCAUUGGCAAAAAAAUUACUUACCAAAGAAAUGCUUACAUUUCUAGAUGAGGAGGCUCAACAAGUUUAUAAUUCUGGACAGGUUUUAGUAUUUCCUUACAAAACAUUCAGCGAGACUAUGAAUCUAGUCAUGGUGACCCUUCUCAGAGAGCUCUUGCAACAUCAGAGAGACUUACCGAGUCCAUUUACUAGAGAUGUACAAGAGUUUGUGAAGGGCCUGUUUUUAUCAGGCCAGACAGAGUUGCAAUCUAGGCAUCACGAUGCGAGUGAAAGAGAAGACAUGGAUACAAAUUUCCAAACAGUCAAUAAAUUCAAAGUCAAUGUCAUGGCGAAUUCAGCUUGUGUUGACCUUUUGGUUUGGGCUAUUGGUGACGAAACUGGUGCGGAUAGUCUUUGUGGAAGACUGACUGAAAAAAUUAAUUCAAACCAUGGUCAUAAAUUGGUGCUGGCACAUAUGCCUUUAUUAAUGGUUUGCCUAGAGGGUUUGGGGAAACUAGCUCAGAAGUUUCCAAACAUAGCUACAACCUCGAUUUACUGCUUACGUGACUUUUUGGUCACUCCAUCUCCAAUUCUCUUCAAACUUCAUCGUCAACAUAAUAAUAAACACAGCAAGGAAAAUCAAUUCAAAGUUACAAUUCAAGGUAAAGAAAUGAAAGCUGUGGAUGCUAAACAAACAACUUCUCAAACACAAAGUGCUUUUGAAAAAUUGAGAGAUGCGGCUAUCCAAAAUUUGUGUAUAGCUCUGCAAGCUGCUCAUCAUGUCGAUCCUUAUUGUGUACCUGCCUUGGUAGCCAGCGUAUCCAACAGACUUUUCACAGCAGAGAAGAGCGACAGUGAAACUUCUCUUAUCUCGACCAAUAUUGUUAUUAUGUUGGGACAUGUAGCAGUUGCACUGAAAGAUACUCCAAAGACAACGGAUACGAUUUUACAAUUUUUCCAGCAGCGUUUUUGUCGAGUACCAAGUGCGUUGGAUAUUUUAAUAGUCGAUCAGCUUGGAUGUAUGAUAAUAUCGAAAUGUGAACCACAAGUUUACGAAGAGAUUAUGAGGAUGUUCACUACAAUUACCGUUGAAUCAGGAAGUGCGACUUAUACGACCAACGAUGAACGGAAACAGUAUAGGCAUGUGUCUGGCGCUGUGAUAAAUGCUUUAGCAAAUAUUGCUGCUAAUCUUAAAGGAGAGUCAGAAUUGAACGACUUAUUAGUUCGCUUACUCGAACUUUUCGUGCAGUUGGGUUUAGAAGGAAAACGAGCGAAUGACAAAGCACCGAAUCCACAAAAAGCAUCAAGUAGUGCUGGCAAUCUAGGUGUGUUGAUACCGGUGAUUUCAGUGCUAAUGCGAAGAUUACCUCCAAUAAAACUCCCGAAACCUAGAUUAUUAAAACUAUUUAAAGAUUUUUGGUUGUACUGCGUUGUCAUGGGCUUUACAGCUGCUGAUUCUGGCUUAUGGCCACAAGAGUGGUAUGAAGGAGUCAAAGAAAUUGCAGUGAAAUCCCCAUAUUUAAUUUCCCAAACUUCAGCUCGUUUGGAAAUGCGCGAACUACAAUACACAUCUGCUGUGCGAAAUGACAGUGUCUCUAUCAAUGAGUUGCAAGAAUUAAAGUCACAGAUACUCAAAAUGCUGAACAGAUCAAGCGAUAUUGCAACGUUUGUAAAUAAAUUACAGUUUGCACAAUGUACUUAUCUGUUAUCAGUCUAUUGGUUGGAGACCUUGAGAGUAACAUAUAGUCCUGAGCCAAGCUUACAACCUAUGUUAGAAUAUCUGAGUGACUCAGCUUUGCAGAAGGAUAAAAGUGGAAUGUGGCAGUGCAUUUGCUGUGUAAGCGAUUCGGUCUUCAUGAAAUUCAAGGAGGUCAUGCAAAACAAACCAAAAGAUGAACACAGAGAAAAAGAAUUAGAAAGUCACGCUCAAUUUCUGUUAGUCAACUUCAAUCACAUCCAUAAACAGAUCAGAAGAGUAGCGGACAAAUAUCUCAGCGCCCUUGUCGAUGCCUUUCCUCAUCUGUUAUGGAAUUGUAGAGUUCUUUGGAGUAUGCUAGAUAUUUUACAAGUUUUGUCCUUUUCGUUACAACUCGAUCCUAACGAGGAGACCCCAACCCUCAGAAUUCCCAGUACGCCCUACAGUAUUCAAUUGAUGGAUACUCUUGAAGCAAGAGAAAGUAUAGUUAAAGACUUUGCUGCGAGGUGCAAGGGCAUAGUUCAAGAAGCGAUGAAGUGGGCACCGCAUGCCACUAGAUCUCACCUACAGGAGUACAUAAACCAAAUCCCAUCAUCUGGCAUGUGGCAUCAUGCUGGAUUAGCAUUAGCAACUGAUUCUGUUUUAGAGUUUACCGACCUCACCAUUACCACAGCUCCAAUGAACACAAAUUCAUUGGAUAAAAGACCACGAUGUGUCAAGGGUAACAGUUCUAAACUAGUAUCCAUGAUGUCGAUGCGUUCUCGAUACGCCGGUGAAGUUUCAGGGAUGUUGGCUUUGGACCAAGAAGAAUCACCAACUUCUGAAAGCUCAACAUUUAAUGUUUCUCAGAAUGAGAAAGUGAUCAACAAAUUGAUGUCAUCGGUCUGGAAAGCUUGCAGAAACAGAAGUGACGCCCUGCACAGAGUCGCUCUGUGGCGUGCUACAGCUCUCUUGAUCUCCACACCUGGUAUUCAUAGGAGGCUACUGCACACAGUGGCUUGUUCGCAAAUUGAGUUAUUCACCGAUGAUGCAAUGAAGACAGCAGUGGACUGUUGGCAAUGGAUUCUAACAGCAAGACCAGACUUGAAACUAAGAUUUCUACAAGAAAUGUUAGCUGCCUGGCAGUAUACUGUUGACAAAAAAAUUGGAAUCUUCUCCUUGGAACAAGUAGAAGUCAGUCCAUUGGCAGUUUAUGAAGGCUGUCAGCUGGAGCCAGAUUCACCUCACGUGAGGCCCCAUGAUAUAUGGGUUACUUUUAUAGCGGAGUUAAUUGAAACUGGAAAAUAUUGUUGCCAAGAAACGAUAGAAAUGAUUGCAAUGCUGUUGCAUAGAUCUUUGCCAAUGGCCGUCGGAACUUUGGAAGAUCAUUUGAAUAGACACGUAGCGGCCGUAGGAGUUCGUUUCAAACUUUUAUCUUGCGGUUUGUUGUUGCUGCAGGGUGAUAUUCUGCCAAAAUCUCUUAGCAAGAACGUCCUUAGAGAACGAAUUUAUUGCAAUUGCUUGGAUUAUUUUUGUAGAGCUCCGCAAACACCUACUCAACAUAUAUGUCAGCUUAGCGAAGAUAUUGCCACACUCAUACGAUUUUGGCAAAUAAUGCAUAGUGACAAGAAAUAUUUGACUGCCAAUGGUGUGGGUGACUUCGAUUUAUAUGGACCACACAAUAAUCUCACUUCUACUUUACAAUCCGAUCUAAAAGCUUCGACGACUAGCAGUGAAUUAACAAAACCUGUCACUGGAUGGAUAAAUACAGUUCCUUUGUCAGCAAGUACGAAUACUCUUAGCAAAAGAAGCAGCCGCAGCAAAAGAUUUGCCAAUGCUGAUGUCUUUGUCAAAGAUUAUAUAAAGAAGCGUAACCUGAUAUUGGAGCUACUCGCAGUAGAGAUAGAGUUACUGUUGGUAUGGCGUAAUCCGGGUGCUAGACAAGACUUGGCAAUGGUAGGUGAAAAUCACAUUGCCGAAUGGAGAGCUAAGACCAUGAACGAAAAAGCAUGGCGAGAUUAUACAAGGCUAGCAUGGGAGAUUAGUCCGGUAUUGGCUGUAUUUCUACCUGUUAGAUUGAAAAAUUCUGAGUUUAUAGUGAGAGAAGUUUCACGUCAAGUCAGGUUGAACCCAAUAUCAGUUGCACAUAUUCCUGAAGCGCUUCAAUAUUUGGUCACCACCGAUACCCUGCUGAACGAUGCUCCUGAACUGGUCUACAUGCUCACAUGGGCUAGGAUUUCUCCUAUUCAAGCUCUUGCUUAUUUUUCACGUCAGUUCCCACAUCAUCCAAUUUCUGCUCAGUAUGCAGUAAGAGUAUUGAGCAGUUAUCCAGCUGAUGCAGUUCUAUUUUAUAUCCCACAACUCGUUCAGGCUGUCCGACAUGAUGCUAUGGGUUACGUCAUAGAGUUUAUCAAAGCUAUUGCAAAACGGUCACAGGUAGUCGGACAUCAGUUGAUCUGGAACAUGCAUACGAACAUGUAUAUGGACGAGGACAAACAAAUAAAGGAUCCAGUACUCUUUGACAUCUUAGAUUCUCUGAUCAAAAAUAUUCUCAACUCUCUAUCUGGACCUGCCAAACAAUUUUAUGACAGAGAAUUUGACUUUUUUGGAAAAAUAACCAGUAUUUCUGGUGAGAUAAGACCUUUUCCUAAAGGUGCAGAACGAAAACAAGCGUGCUUACAGGCCUUGAGUAAAAUAAAGGUGCAAUCUGGUUGCUAUUUGCCGUCAAAUCCUGAAGCUAUGGUUCUAGAUAUCGAUUAUAACAGUGGAACACCUAUGCAAAGUGCUGCCAAAGCACCAUUCCUGGCGCGGUUUAAAGUGCAAAAAUACGGCAUCAAUGAAUUGGAGAACAUAGCAAUGGCCGUAUCCACAAAUUCUAGAAUGGAAAAUGGAAAAGAUCAUCAUGGCAUGGGUGUGGAAAUGUGGCAGGCUGCAAUAUUUAAAGUGGGUGAUGACGUAAGACAAGACAUGCUUGCCCUUCAGGUUAUCGGCAUAUUCAAAAAUGUCUUCCAGCUGGUUGGUCUCGAUUUAUAUCUUUUCCCAUAUCGAGUUGUUGCCACAGCACCAGGGUGCGGCGUCAUCGAAUGUGUGCCACGUGCAAAAUCACGAGAUCAGCUCGGCCGACAAACUGAUAUCGGAAUGUACGAAUAUUUCAUUACAAAAUAUGGAGAUGAGCAAACUAAAGAGUUUCAAAAUGCCAGAAGAAAUUUCAUCAAAUCAAUGGCAGCCUACAGCGUUAUCACAUAUUUGUUACAAAUCAAAGAUCGACAUAACGGCAAUAUCAUGUUGGAUGAAGAAGGCCACAUUAUUCACAUCGACUUUGGAUUUAUGUUCGAAUCAUCCCCAGGAGGUAAUUUGGGCUUUGAACCGGAUAUAAAACUUACAGAUGAAAUGGUGUAUGUUAUGGGAGGUAAAAUGGAAGCAGCACCAUUCAGAUGGUUCAUGGAACUUUGUGUCCAAGCAUUCUUAGCAGUUAGACCUUAUCAAGAGGCAAUAAUCUCGCUCGUUUCACUCAUGUUGGAUACAGGGCUGCCAUGCUUUCGAGGUCAAACCAUAAAACUUUUGCGAACACGAUUUGCUCCAUCAGCUACGGACCGAGAAGCCGCUGCAUUCAUGCUUAAUGUGAUUCGGAGCAGUUUCCUCAACUUCCGAACAAAAACCUAUGACAUGAUACAAUAUUACCAAAAUCAGAUUCCGUAUUAAGCUACCUAUAAAAUGAGCAUAGUCUCAACUCUUAGGCAAAUUGAACCAAUGUCAUGAAACGAUUCACAAAGUUUACAUCGUUACUUCAAGUAUGACUUUUGCUAAUUAAUCAUCGAGAGUCAUCUUGAAUGUUUUAUACUGUGGACUUGGAAUCAUAAAUCACUAUAAUGUUCCAGAUGCCUCUACCUCCAGCAGCCAAAGUGUCACAAAUUUCUCCGUAAAUGUUCCAACGUUACUUGGAUAUUUGGUAAAAAAGUAAUCUUCUAAAAUAUAACAGUGUACAAAAAUGGAUUAAUUCCAAUUUUUUUUUGCCAAUCAGGCAUACAAGUAUGCAUUAAAUGGCUUUCGGCAUGUGAUUAUUGAUCACUUGAUUGCAGCUGAUAUAAUUAUUAGUUUCAAUCAGCCAAUCAGUGAGACAUCCUACUCGAAAUUAUGGAGGGGCUCAUGAUGUCUGUUUCCGUCAUAUGUUGAUAAUUCUCAAUAAUUGCGAGUAAAUUGUCUAUAGCUUUGAUAACAUACAACCAUGAAUUGUAUUUCGAAAUAUUGCUGCAAGAUCAGGAGAUUCGGUAGAGUCUUGCGCCAAGUACAUUCAAAAGAUAAAGAUAUUACACAUCCCAGUUAAAAAUUGUUCAAAGGAUAUUAGUAUAUUGUAUAUUAUUGUCACUGUUAAAUGAAAUGAUAUUACCAUUAUUUAUCAUGUUGAAUGAAAACCGUGUACAUUCCACUAUUAUAUUUAUUAAUCCAUAUAGGUAAUUAAAAAUUGUUAUGUAUUACAUUACGAAAAUACUUUAUACGUAUUACAUCGUAACUUGCGCUGGCAUCUCAUUUAUGUAAAUUUGUUGUCUUUUCAUUUGGAAAUUUAAUUUCGUAGUUAAUGUUGUUAGGAUUAUGUACAGAACUAAAUACCUCCUAAUUCACUUUUAUCCGAGACCUCCAAUAAUGACGCGUUCAUCGCAGACAUCUAUGAUUACAUUUAGUGGCAACUUGUCCAUGUCAAAAAAACCUCAUAUUGUACAUGUUUGCGUUUUGGUUUACGUUCCUUGAUAUUUGUGAACUAGUUAUAGGUAUGUGUAUAAUUUAUUGAAUUACUGGUCUCAUAAAUGUGUACAUAUAUCAAAAUGAAAAUAAAAAAGGCAUAUAUACUUUAAA